AUGGCCCUUUCCAGUGAUCCUAACUUCAAGCGGCUGCAGCAGUGGCACAAAGCCCACGGUGCGAGCCUCAACAUGCGGGAGAUGUUCGACAGCGACCCGGAACGAUUCUCCAAAUUCAGCACCACUCUGCAGACCGACGAUGGCCCGAUCCUCCUGGAUUAUUCCAAGAACCUGAUCACAGAGGAGAUCCUGACUAUGCUCCUGGACCUGGCCAAGUCCAGAGGAGUGGAGGACGCCAGAGCCAAGAUGUUCUCUGGAGAAAAGAUCAACUUCACAGAGAACCGCGCCGUGCUGCACGUGGCGCUCCGGAAUCGCUCCAACUCUCCGAUCGUGGUGGACGGCAGCGACGUGAUGCCAGAAGUGAACCGUGUCCUGGACAAGAUGAAGGCCUUCUGCCAUAGGGUGCGCAGCGGUGAGUGGAAAGGCUUCAGUGGAAAGUCCAUCACAGACGUGGUCAACAUCGGCAUCGGAGGCUCAGAUCUGGGCCCCCUGAUGGUGACCGAGGCCCUGAAGCCGUACUCCGCCGGGGGUCCAAACGUCUGGUUCGUGUCCAACAUUGACGGGACCCACAUGGCCAAGACUCUGAGCAAACUGGACGCAGAGACCACGCUCUUCAUCAUCGCCUCCAAGACAUUCACGACUCAGGAGACCAUCACCAACGCAGAGUCGGCCAGAGAGUGGCUCCUGAAGACGGCCUCAGACGCGGCGGCUGUGGCCAAACACUUCGUGGCUCUCUCCACCAACGCAGCCAAAGUGAAAGACUUCGGAAUCGACACGGCCAACAUGUUCGAGUUCUGGGACUGGGUCGGGGGGAGGUACUCCCUGUGGUCUGCCAUCGGUCUGUCCAUCGCUCUGCACAUCGGAUUUGAAAACUUUGAGCAGCUUCUGUCUGGUGCCCACUGGAUGGACUCCCACUUCUGUAGCGCUCCUCUGGCUCAGAACGUUCCGGUCCUCCUGGCGCUCCUCGGGGUCUGGUACAUAAACCUGUUUGGAGCCGAGACCCAGGCCAUGCUGCCCUACGACCAGUACAUGCACCGCUUCGCCGCCUACUUCCAGCAGGGCGACAUGGAGUCCAACGGGAAGUACAUCACCUCCGACGGCAGCAGAGUGAGCUACCACACCGGCCCCAUCGUGUGGGGGGAGCCAGGGACCAAUGGGCAGCACGCCUUCUACCAGCUCAUCCACCAGGGAACACGUAUGAUCCCGUGCGACUUCCUCAUUCCAGCUCAGUCCCAGCAUCCAAUCAGAAACAACCUCCAUCACAAGAUCCUGACGGCCAACUUCCUGGCCCAGACCGAGGCCCUGAUGAAGGGGAAGACCGCGGCAGAGGCCCGGUCUGAGCUCCAGGCUGGAGGACUGAAGGGGGAGGCUCUGGAGACACUGCUUCCCCACAAAGUUUUUGAGGGGAACAAGCCGAGUAACUCCAUCGUGUUCAAGAAGCUGACGCCCUUCACUCUGGGCGCGCUCAUCGCGAUGUACGAGCACAAGAUCUUUGUCCAGGGAGUGAUCUGGAACAUCAACAGCUACGACCAGUGGGGAGUUGAAUUGGGGAAGCAGUUGGCCAAGAGGAUCGAGCCUGAGCUGCAGGACGGCGCCGCAGUGUCCUCCCACGACUCGUCCACAAACGGACUCAUCAACUUCCUCAAGAAGCACUUCUGA